AUGCUCAAAAUGGGAUACAAACAAAGUCAAAGUAAUCACAUUUUAUUUUUCAGCCAUUCCUCUUCAGGGGGAGUUACCACUCUAAUAGUAUAUGUGGACGAUAUUAUUGUGACUAGAAAUGAUGAUGCAGAAAAAAGACUUCUAAGUCAAUGUUUAUCUCAAGAAUUCGAGAUGAAAACUGUAAGAAGAUUAAAAUACUUCCUAGGUAUUAAAGUUGCAUAUUUUAAGAAUUCUAUUUUUCUAUCUCAACAAAAAUAUGUGAUAGAUUUGCUUCAAGAAACUGGAAAAACAACCUGCAAACCAGUUAAUUCUCCAAUUGAUCCUAAUCUCAAGUUAACUGCAGUGGAGGAAGACAUUGUUGUGGAUAAAGGGACGUAUUAACGACUGAUAGGUAAACUGAUUUGACUAUCACAUAUACGGCCAGACAUAGCAUAUGCAGUCAGCGUCAUUAGUAAGUUCAUGCACAAUUCGAAACAAAUACAUUUACAGGCAACAUAUCAUGUUCUACACUUUCUAAAAGGAAUAACAGGAAAAGACAUUCUGUUCAAAAAACAUGAUUAUCUAGCACUUGAAGUGUACACAGAUGUAGUUAUGCUGGAUCGUAGAUCAACGAUCAACAUCAGGAUACUGUACAUUUCUUGGAGGUAAUCUUAUUACUUGGAGAAGUAAAAAACAGAAUGUCAUAUCUAGAUCAAGUGCAGAAGCUGAAUUUCGUGCUAUGGCACAAGGUAUUUGUGAGAUUUUAUAGGUCAAUAUCAUAUUGAAGGAUUUGAAGAUCAAUAUAGAUGGUCCAAUGAAGCUUUAUUGUGAUAAUAAAUCAAUGAUUAAUAUUGCUCACAACCCUGUUCAGCAUGACAGAACUAAUCACAGAGAUUGAUUGCCACUUCAUAAAAGAGAAGAUAGAUAGUGGACAGAUAUGUACUAUAUAUGUGCCUACAAUUGAUCAAAUCGCAGAUAUAUUCACGAAAGGACUAUGUGGCAACAUAUUCUAUCAUCUUGUGUCCAAGUUGGGAAUGGACAAUAUACAUUCACCAGCUUGA